GACCGUAUCCGUGCAGUUGUUGUGCCAAAAAGUGAUUGCCGUCCGCGGGAGCGCGCGCAGCCGCUUAAAGCUGCAGCGCUCGUCGGGUGAGAAAGGCGACAUCUCACUGAUUCUGAUCCGCCGGUCCGCGCUGUGCGUUUAUGUCCUUUAUGUCCUGACGAGCCCAGUUGUGUAUGCUAUUAAGACUCGACUGUACACUGUGUUCCUGUUUUCCUCCUAAACAAUAAGUUCAGUUGAAGCAGCCUUUCAACGCCUCUCUCUGUCUCUCGCAAUCAAAGUUGACCCACAAAGGAACCCGCCGUAUUAGUCAGAGGUCCCUUUAGUAUGGUUCGGAGCCGCGGACCUCCAGUAAUAGUAAUAAAUCACACAGCAUUAGUACAUUCAUGUAGUUGUAAAAAGCAUGAUAAUAUAUUAAGUAAUCCAAAGUAUUCAGAAUACGUUACUCUCAUUGAGUAACAUAACGGAAUACGUGACAAAAUACAUUUGGGGGCAUGUAUUCUGUAAUCUGUAGUGGAAUACAUUUUAAAAGUAACCUUCCCAACACUGCCCAUGGACCUCUCGUCCUACGGCAGCUGGCUUAGACUCAUGCUUAUCCCAUGUCUUUCAUUUCUGCUUGAUCAUAGCAAAACAAGCGGCACCUUCCGAAAACAACGAAAAGAAUGUAAAACAUAUGAUGUUUCUCAAAUCUGACCAAGUAUCCACCCCGCAUUCCUACAUUUGACUUUGAAAGUAACCCUUGCUUCCUGCUUGAACCAGAGGGCGUGGAUAGCCGCAGCAGCAGCAAUGAGCAAAUCACAAGAAAGAAGAACAAAUGAAGCGAAUAGAGUUACAUGUUUUGUUUAUGUUUUCACGGACAAUUACUAUGAUAAUUCAGCGCCACUCCAUGUUUUCCAUGAUACCCUGUCGCUUGGUGAUAAUAUCUGCGUUCCUGCUGACCAGAGAAGCUGCUGACGCUCUCCAGGUGAUUGGUGGAAGUGUGACAGUGGAACAAGGAGGCACCGCUAUUUUACCGUGCUAUGUCAUUGAUACCACCGAUGACCUGACACAGAUUACCUGGCAGAGGAGGACGAGAGAAAAACCUCACAAUGACAAUUUGCUAACUGUCCUACCCAGAGAGGGAGCGCAGUUUGUCAAUGGAGGUGAUGAUCGAUUUAAAUAUAUCGGGAAUUUUAACAACAAAAAUGGAACUCUCCAGUUUUCCAAUGUUGCCCUGAAGGAUGAAGGCAGCUACACAUGCAUCUUCACCUUGUUUCCCAGUGGAAAUCAGAAGACUGAGAUACCUCUAAACUUGCUUGUGCCUCCUUUCACAAACAUCAAGGACAAUCUUCCCACUUUGGGCACAGAAGAGGUUUUAUUUGCUACCUGUACGGCUGCUGGAUCGAAGCCUCCUGCAGAGGUGAGGUGGCUCACUGGUGCUUUGAGAGACAAAGUGAGAACAUCAACAAACUCCACUCAGUAUGACAACGGGACGACUACCACAGUCAGCUCUCUGUUUGGCGUUCCUACGAGAGAGAUUAACGGUCACCAGGUCCAGUGUGUCAUCAGUGGUGAUUCCCUGUCUACAGAAAAAAGUCUGCCCUUCACCAUACAGGUCUACUUCCCACCCACAGAAGUGAACAUUAGAGCAAUUUCAGAGGACUCGUUUGAGUGUGUGACAGAAGCCAACCCAAAUGCAAAAUUUAUCUGGAGCAGAUCUGGACAGCCUUUGCCACAGCCUGGUGUCAAAGUAGAGGGUGCAAAGCUACAACUGCUGAGUCUGACCUCUGAUCUAAAUGGCCUCUAUCAGUGUGAAGCAUCUAAUGCAUAUGGACGUGAACAUGGUCAGCUCUAUGUGCAUGUUGCAGCAGGAGCAUGUUCUGCUGCUUGGGCCUUAUUUGGUCUUUUGCUUACUCUGAAUGUGAUUGGGGUUGCAGCAUGGUGCUUCUUUAAAUGUGGAUGUUUUCAAAGCUGCGAGAAGUGGCACUAUGAGCCAGUCCACACGGAAUCUUGUGGUUCAAAUUCUAAGUAAUGAGGAGCUAAUUAACACCCUGGCAAAUGCAUGUUCUGGCCAACCUAAUAUUUGUACCAGUGUCCUGCAUCGUACUACUGAUGAAGAAAUGUAUUCACUAUUUCAGAGUGGGAGACCAAAUGCAGUGAACCUCUCCGAUCAGAUAGCUCCUGGUCUCCCAAGGCAGAAGAGGUAAGAACGGAACUAAAUGUAUUGAAAUUACUAGUGGAAGUUUAGUAAUUGCCCGUACGUUUCAAUUGCUAGAGUAAGCUAAGUAAACAAAAAUAUCACAGUAAAAAACUGUGUGAGAUAGACUGACAGCGUGUGAUUGUGGAGACUAAAUUGUGCACAACAGUUAAUUUGUUUAAUUGCGGAAACAUUUCACUUAAUCUGCAAACAUUGUGUAAAAACAAAGCACAUCAUUCAGUUGUUACAACAACAAAAAGUUCUUUGUGAAUUUAAGAAUUUCUUUUAUGUGAUUGUUAAGUUUCUCCACCCAUCCGUCCCACUAUCUUCCAUCAUCUAUCCAUCCAUCCAUUCAUCCAUCCAUUCUCUUCCACUUAGCCAAUUUAGGAUUCCAAGAGCCUGUCCUAGCUACCACGGGGCUAGAGGGUGUUUGUUUAUGCAAAUUGGACCAUGUAACUGCAUUUAAAAUCUGCACUGGAGUUUAGCUGUAACUGGGACUCAGACAAAGUAAUGCAGUCAAUAAGGACUGCCUUCCAGACAGUUGUGGAAGGAUGCGGGUAAGCUUUAGAUCCUUUUUUAUAGAAAUUGUUUUUUUAGUUCCUAUUAUACUAUUAAAGGUCAACUUUGGAUAUUUCCAAAAAGGAUCUUAGAGCACUGAUCAUAUGACUGGAUUGAUAUCUUUUACAGUUAACAAAAUGUAUUGUAUUUUAGUCUGUUAGCAUGAGCAAAACUUUCAUAUACACUAUGUUUUCUUCUUCCCUAGGCUACAGAUUUUGCUGGCAUUCCACACCAAACUAGUUGAGCCAUCAUUUACUUCCAAAGAGACUUUUUAAUGGAGACCUUGUGAAAAAACUGUUUCAUCGGAAGCCAAUUUAUGUCAGACCUGACAAGAUCAUUUUAUGUGAGGACAAUGAAUCAGUAAGCAAACCUGAGUAUUUCAGCAAAUGUAUGUAUGUUCAUAAAAUGAGAGUGCGAAAGGCAAAGAUGGAUUUAAAACUCCCUUAAUUACAUUGUACCCUCACAAUGUCCACUAAUCCUUCUGUCAUUGCUACUGAUGAGGAUGAGUCUUACUCCAUGGAACAUCUGCCACUGUCAGUGACAACUCACAUGGCUUAUCAGUGGGUUCUUCUGCCAGUGUUACUGGUGACACACGUCUUAAGAAUGGUACAUCAUUAUUCUGUUGGUGGGUUAUUGCCAUUGAGACUAGUAUGUUUCUUUCAACAGUAAAUAACUGGAAGGUCUUUGCCAUAAAACAUCUAAAAUAACUAUGCUAUGUUACUAUGAAGCUAUGGACCGAUGAAACCAAGAUUAACCAAAAUGAUGGAAGGAGAAAAGUAUAGUAAAGAAAAAAAAUAGCUCAAGUCACACGUAGUGGAGGCAGUGUUAUGACACGGGCAUGAGUGGCUGCCAGUGGAACCAAGCCUCUACUGUUGUUAAUGAUAUCACUGGUGAUUUUGAAGCUAAUAGUUUUGUUUGUCCUUCUAAAUAGUAGAAGUCAAAUAUUUAAUAUUUUAAUUUCCUUUUAUGGGUUUUAGAUCUUACAGGCUGAGAAUGAUCUAGAACUGCAAGAUGGAGUUGCACAGGUAACCAGCUUGAUCAGUCUUGCUGGUCACAAUGUUUGCAUAACACUGGAGAAAUGGUUGUCGUGGCCGAGUAGUUAAGGCAAUGGACUAGAAAUCUAUUGGGGUCACCCCGCGCAGAUUGGAAUCCUGCCGACAACGAAGAAUUCUUUUGGCAGGGAUAGCUCAGUAGGUAGCGUGGUGGCCCCAUGAUCGGAAGGUCGGAGCAAGGUACCGUCCCUACACACUGCUCCCCGGGCGCCCAGUGGCUGCCCACUGCUUCACAGAGUGAUUGGGUUAAAUGCAGAGAGGAAUUUCCCCACGGGAAUCAAUAAAGUAUACAUUAUUAAAACAAACAAGAAACUGCUUUGGAUCUGGCUCACUGGUGUGUCCUUCAAUGGACCCGUGCUCCUUUUGAAAGGUAUGUCUAAACACAUCCUGUAAUGGUAAAAAAGAAAAAAAAAGCCUGUCCAACUAAAGUCAGUGUGUGGUGAAACACUGAAUGUAUACACAAAUGUGUUCUUGAAUGGUAAAUAUUACCCUACUUAUCUUUAUUUGGUGACACAGGCCUGUAGAGUAAUAGUAUUAACAUUUGACUUAAACCCACUCGUUAAAAAAAGUCCUAUUCUCGUACAGGUCAUAACAAAACAGAAAGUUGUAAUUCAUAAAAUUAAAAUUCACAUAAAACUUUGUAUGUGUGCUGAUAUAGGGAUGUGAAUAUGUAAAUAAUGUAAAUAAAAAUAAAUAAAAUUUAGUAGCAUUUGGGACGACUGUACACUCACAGAAAAGUCAUGCUUAUGGAACAAAAGAACAGAUGUAUUUGAAAGCAAUCUGUCACUUUUACUCCAAUUCAUGACAGGUCCCUGUGUGUCAUGUGUCAAGUCAGUUGUUCCAUGUAUGGGCAUUCUUUUUUGCAUAUGUAAGAGAGUCUGGCCCAGUAAGGGGAAAAAAAUGUUGUUCACCCCUGAUACAGAGCAUCAGGAAAGUAAGUAACAAUAAUAUAAUAUAAUAUAAUAUAAUAUAAUAUAAUAUAAUAUAAUAUAAUAAUAUUUAUUAUAUUUAUAAUAUAAAAUACAAUUAGAUUUUGUUUUAUUUUGGCUAGGUUCAGAGAUGGCUUUAACAACGUGCUAACCUUGAUGGCUAGGUGUCCUAGAUGCUCUACAGACCCUCUUCAGAUGAAGUGUGACUUUUUGUGAAAACUGGUGCAUUUAUAAGUAAAUAAAAUAUAUAUCUCCAAGAGAUAUAAAACUAGAAAUUACAAAUAAAUAACAUGCUAAAUUUGGGUAAAAUUAAGGGAUAAAAAGGUACUAAUUACUAGCUAUACAAUACUAUAAUGAUAACUGUACAAUACUAACAGUACAAUAAACAAAGACAGGACAGAGACAAUACAAAGUGGAUUGUGCAGUAGGUAUAGAAUACCAAGUACCGAUGCAAGUGCUGAAUUUACAAAGAACAUUGUACCCAAAUGUGAUUUCAGUUUCACUUCAGUGUAUUAAAAGCAUAGAUAAAUGCAUUAUUACCAAUCCUGUUUACUGAGUACAAAUAAUAGACUAUUUCUGCAUCCACCUAAGCUUAAUUUGUUGUGGUUUUCACUAACUUCUUUUUUCGACAUUAUGGUCUCACUGUAUAGAUUAAAUGCUAAUUAGAUUCAUGUGUGACUUUCAAAGUACAGCUUAAUUUUCAAAAUAUGCAUCAGUUUUACUUCUGCAUUAAUCUUUUGGUAUUUUAAUGUAUCAGUAUACCAAUAGUCUUUGUCAGAAUCCCAUUUUGAUUUUGUAUUUUUCAAUCUUAUAGUUGAAAGUGAUGUCUCUUUGGAACAUAUUCUUGUUUUCCCUGGGUUUUUCUCAGGGCUGGAAUGCCUUGAGUUCAUCACUUACUGCAGAUUUCCAGUGGCCAAUAUUUGUGAAAAUAUCCUUCGUAUCCCAGUUCAUGUAGUGUACACUACUUUCAAAUCAGACAUGGAUUUUGCAAUACGGAAUUCACCAGGAUUUGGAAGAGCAUGAUGUGUAUUUUCAAGGACUGUAGACAUGAUGAGGAUUUUGUUUUUGUUUUUCUAUUUUGCAUAUGCAUGUUUUAUUUUCUUGUUUCUUUUUAAUAUUGUUAACCCAGCUUCAGAUUAUCAACCUGUCCAGGGUGUACUCUGCCUCUUGUCCUGUAGCUGGAAUAGGCUAGCACUGCAGAUAAAGAUAAGCAGAAGAGAAUGGAUGGAUGAAUUUUGCUUCAGUUUAUACAUGUGAGGCAUGUUUUGUUUUUGGAUUGUAGCUCAUCUGUUUUCCUGCCUAUAUGGCAGUGUAUAUAUUGUACUUUGUGUCAUUUUUUUUCCAAAUAUCAACCUGUAAGAGUUUAAAAAAGAUUUCACUGUUUGAUAGUUAAAAAUGUAUAACAGAUAUUUUAUCUAAUAAAAAAAUCAUAAUUCCUGCUUAUUAACAGAUAAAUGAGUACAUCAUACCAUGAUAUGUAACAUAUAGUGUAACAUUUUUUACUGUGACAAGUAGGGUUUGUCAUGAAAGAAAAGUAUACUUUAAACACUAUUUGACUACUUUUAUGAUUUAAAUGGCACAAGUGAAUAUGAAGAUAAAACAAUGUCUGAAGUGCACUUGACUGAGCGGUGUGUGAUGCUGAGGAAGCUGCAACAUUCCAACAGUCCACAGCUGCAGUGGGGAGUUAUUUUCCAUCUUCCUUAAACUGUGGUGGUUCCACUGAUUUACAAAUUAAUUUACAAAUCUGUUAAUUCUUGGAAGAUAUGCAUGGUGAAGAGCCCUAAUAUGACAUGGAUCAGUGCUAUCUAAAAUCCCAACAUUUUCAAUGAAGAGAAAAAGGUCUUUAAAGUAUGCUGACACAACUCUGUUUAGUUCGCCCCACAAUCUUUCAAUCUUUUGAUUAUGCAAACUUCACUCAACUAUAAAGCUUCCUCUCUUUGGCCCUUGAUGUUCAGUCAUAAAUCAUGCAAUAUAUUCUCACUGCCAGCAUCACCCCUGACAUGUUGUGGGAGGCCAAAGAGAUCAAAAGCACUCUGUGAAAGUUGCAUAGCAGUUGAUGCUCUGUUAUCUGUGCAGCAUCUCAUGUAGGUAAUGCAGCGACUAUAGCCGUCAACUCCUCCAUGAAAGACAAACCCCCAAGGAUUUAACGUAUGGUUUGUGUCAGUAUGCCUGGAAUAAGAAGAAAUAUAUUAUUAUGAUGACACUAGAUGUACAUCAAAAUAAAGGUCUAUGACUUUGACAUUGUACUUCUGUCAUGUAAUCUUGAGAUAAACAAUAUUUCAACCCUGACAUUAUACAGCAUUGUUAGUUAUAACACAAACAAAAUAUUAUAUUACUGCAAUGCAGGAAGUAAUAAUUAAUAUUAAUCCAACUUAAAAAGAAAUAAAGACAUAUCACACUUGAUUUGGGACAGUGACAUUGUAGACCCUCCGCUGAAUUGCUCUCCGUCCUCUCAAAGAAACGAAAUAACAAAUAUGUUAACUUCUUCCUUAUUCCUUGCAUUCAUUAUCGUAUUUGCCAUCUGUUGACUGUGUCAAGUGCCAUACACAUUAUGAAUAAAUUUGUUUCCAUUUUUAUCACUUACCUUGGCCUUCCUCUUUGAGAUGUAGAUUGGUAUAAUGAGCCCAUAACAUGUGCUUCAGCUUCUGCUUGAAGUGUUUGCUCAGUUGACAUCUCCAUCAGUGAUUAAUAAAUUCCCUCAAGAAGCGUGCAUAAUCUUCUCCCAGAAACAUUUUGUUGAACAUUAUUCAUGAGCACUAGAAAUGUUGCAAUAACGAAAACGUGUUCUUCAAGGUGAUGCGAUGUAAGCUCUACAAAGUACUGAAAUAGUUCAGCUGAUGCCAUUUUAUAAAGGCAGAGAAUUCAGAAAAACUUCAUCUCUAAACAUGAGGUUCAUACAGUCUAUGUAUUCAAGUUUCAUUCUAUAUAUUCAAGUUUCAUUCUAUAUAUGCUAUGCUAUAAAUGAAAUAGGUAAAAUGUAUGGAGAGGAUUCCAAGUGUCGCUUGAUUUAAAGAAAGUCAAAGGAAAAGCUCAUAAUCUGAGUACAACAUCCUCUUUUGGACACUGAGAAUUUAUUACUACUACUGUUGUUUAUUUUUGAUUUCACAUUACUUGUUGUAUGAAUUCAUUUCAGCCAAAUACAGUAAAGAUGAUUGGACAGUGUCUGACAGUAUAUAUGGACAAUGAUCACAGUACAAAAAAAAACCUUUUUGAAGGUAGAGCAGGAUUCUGCAUUGACCGACUCAGUCCUCUGUGAUGAAGACAAGAAUAAAGGCUAAACAAUACAUGGACAAGAAAAAAAAAUGAAGCCUACUACUGAAAAAAUGUAUCACAAAGGAAGAAAAUUAGGGUUAGGGUUAUAUAAUUUCAAAUAUAUAGUAGCCGUGUGACUUUUCUGUUAUUCCCAGUUUCAGCAUGUCAGCCAAUUUCCUCUGAACAAUUUGCCUUUUAUGUUUAGGACGCCUGUAGGCCGUGAACGCACCAUCACACCAGGCUGUUUCAAAAUGAUGCUCGAUGAGCGAUGUUUGGCUGGACAGGGGGGAGAACAUGUCUGCAAAGCGCUGUUGCAACUUGGCAACAUCUGCUCUCUGGGCCUUUGUGAGAUGGUUAUCACAAUGGAGGGAGGCAGGAAUGAUGGAAUUUGGUACCUCUGACCCCAACUCAUCUCUUUCCUUCACCAGGCUCACCAGAGAAGUGGUUUCUGCCUCUUUCCAUGCUUUCUGGAUGCUGAAGUGUUAAAUCUGCGUGACCUCUCCCCGUCCGACCGUGUGACCUCAUAGUCAAUGUCCCCCACUCGCUGUGUGACCACAAAAGGUCCUUGCCACUUGGCAAGUAACUUUGAGCUAGGGGAAGGGACUAAUAUAAGCACUUUAUCUCCCAGUUAAAACUGUCUGAGCCUGGAGCAAAUUCUCUUGUGAUAACCCCCCCAAAGUGUGGAGUUUUGCUCUCAGGUCCAACACAUACUGAAUCUCUUUUUUUGGGACCUUCCUCCCAGCUUUCUUUAAUCAGGUCGAGCACCCCACAUGGCUUCCUGCCGAACAGCAUUUCAAAGGGAGAAAAUCCCAUGGAGGCACCUCUCACACUGCAAAUAACAGAGGGUCUAACCUGAGAUCCCAAUUGCGUUCAUCCUCGUGCAUGAACUUCAGAAUCAUGGCUGAAUUAAGUCUUAUUCAGCCGCUAAUGGGCUCCACCAGCCCAUUAGUUUGAGGGUUGUAGACACUGGUCCGAAUAGAUUUAAUGCCCAAUAAUUCAUACAGUUCCCUCAGUGUGAACUACAUGCCUUGGUCAGCCAGUAUUUCUUUUGGAAUACCAACUCAGGAAAUGACCUGAAACAGUGCCUUGAGCCUAAAACGUUCUCAUUCCAAAGGGUGAGGCCACAGGUGGUGGCGACUGAACUGAUGACAGUCUCUGUUGACAGUAACAGGACUCAAACAUUCCAGAAGGUUCAACUUUAUUUUCAUUGAACCACAGACACAGAUCUUCCCAAAAGUCUUGGGGAUCAUCAAGAUGUUUUCUGGCAAAUGUGAAACCAGCCAUUGUGUUCCUUUUGCUCAGCAAUCAGUGGUUUUCUCCUUGAUUUCUCCCAAGAAUGCAAUUUUUGCCCAGUAAAGCCUGUCUGAGUUUAUUCUAUGCAUAGUUUCUUUGGUUAAGGUGAGCGAGAUUCUGAAAAAGUAUUUGGGUGAGUUCGAUAUAUACGGCAUGAUAGUCCUUAAAUAAAAUGUUUGAGGGUAAAAUAUUGUAAUGUCACAUUUUUUUAACUGAACCUUCAUUUAACAGGUAACAGGUUAAAAAGGCGCCAGCUGGACAACGCUUGAAGGUUGAAACCGAUGAGAACAACAAUUCUUCCCAGAGAUAUGAUAACAAGAAUGAACUGACUCUCCUGUGCUAUUCCUCAAGGCCACCUGUGUAGGCUGUGGACUGUUAAUCUUCACCUAAUAGGUGAAAGGACACUGUCUCGGGCUGAACACAGGAUACACAUCCCCACACAUCUACAAUGAUACUGAUACGCCCUCACCACCACCCUCCCCUGCCAGAAUCCAACACCUCCCAUCCUUUCCUCCCAUUAGAUGUGGACAACGGCCCAGCUGGAGGCACAAUUGCGAGAUUGCAGUGUCCCAGAUGCAGCUGUUCACACUGGAAUAUUUUCCCGUGUUGCUUGUCUGUGUUUUACUGUGUUAUGGUGUCGUGAUAUCUGUGCUUCCUUUAUGUGUUAUGAAGGUUUUGUUUUUCCUCAUCAUACGGACUCCCUUUUGGGGACUAGUAUGAGCUGAAUUUCUUUUUUUUCUCCUAGAUUGCCCUUCUGUUUUACACAUUUCAUUGUUUUUAUCUCAAAAAAUUCCAGACUAUGAUGGUUUUGACUGUUUUUCAAACAAAUUACAGUUGAUGCAAACUAAAGUUGAAACUGACUGAAGACAGGAGCAGAAGAUGUUGUGGACCUUAAAACGUGGCAUGUGUAACUGCUGUUUUUAGAUUCUGGACACGAGCUGUGAGUUUUCUAAGGAAACAAAGAAAGCAGAAUAAAAAAGUGAACAAAUAAGUAAAAAUGUAAGUAACACUAAAACUUGUGUGUAUUGCAAUUAUGCAUAGUUAUCGUAAUUAAGCUACAAUUUUAACUCUACUCUCACUAAAUAUUUCCUGGAGCACCCAAACGUGUUGGGUAAUGUCUGUAAAAAAAUAACAAAUCUGGGCAAAAAAAAAAAAAAAAA